GUUAGUAGGGCUUUAGCUUGGACGGUUGUCGCUGGCUAUUGGCAUUUUGGCUUAUUGCUUUGUGCCGGCAAUUUCAGGGUUCCCGAAAUGCUCUGCCAACUAGCCCGCAGCGCCCGGUGUGGCCAAAACUUCGUCCACAUUUAUUCCGCGACUGCUACUGGGCGUGGCGCGCGCUAUGCAACAGCUGGCGCUGCGGACAAGGUUGUUGAGCUACAGAGCGAUAAAGAUUUUGCAGAAAAGCUCAAAGCAGCUGCGGAUUCAGGGUCGCUACUGAUUUGCGACUUCACCGCCAAAUGGUGCGGCCCGUGCCGCAUGAUCGCACCCAUCUUCAGCCAGCUCUCCAACAAGUUUAAUGAUGUCUCCUUCGUCAAGAUCGACAUUGACAACCCGGGGGUGUCAGCAACCGUCAACGACCACAGCAUCACCGGCGUGCCCACCUUCGUCUACUACAAGGGCGGUCGCAGGGUGGAGAGCUUCAGUGGUGCCAGGCCUGACCUGCUAGAGGAGCUGAUAAAGAAACACACAAAGUGACAUGAUGGCCGUGGUGACCUUGUACAUGAUGGCUGCUGGAUGAAGAAGAUAUCCGACACGACGGGAAGUGCAAAAUGAGAGGCCUGGUUUCUGACUGCCUGGGCGGUUGUGGCCUGUCGCCCGGUGCGUUGCGGUGGGGUGGGAUGGGGGGACAGAGCGAGAGAGUUCGUUCCCCCAGCGGGGCAGACCUGCCGGCCAGACUCUCCACUCUUCC